AGGUCUCUGAAACCAAUCGACGUACCUAAGAAGCGAAUAACGAUCGGUAAAAACGGCGCGAUCUGAUUCGGAAGCAGAUUUUUUGUUCCCCUUCGUUAAUUCUUUACGUUCCAUCGAUUAUUCAUAACUUGGUAAAUAGUUGGCGCAGACCGUGGCUUUGUUUAGGAGAAAUUUUUUGUCAACAUAUAUACACACGCAUUUUUAUGUAUAUAAUACAGUGAAAUGCAGAUGAUGUUGAAAAUACUGCAGCCGAUCUGCAGCCGGCGCAAUAAUUCACCUGUAAAAUUAUCGUAUUUAAAAUGUGUAUUGACCACUACUGGAAAAUCGGUGAAAUUGGUACGCAUGAAUUUUACCUUUGCAGAACCUUAUAGAUGCUCGAUCUACUGCCAAGGAGAUUUACUCAAAACCGUCCAACUCGCUGAAAUAUUCAAUGACAGCAAGACGUUCGUCGACCUCUACCAACUCAACGACCCAGAAGUUACGCUCAGCAACUUCAAAAAACUGAUGGAGGCAACGGACAACAAUCCGAACCACUCUCAGGUGACAGAGUUCGUGAGUGAAAAUUUCGCACAGGAGUCUGAUUCCGAGCUGGAAACGUGGUCACCGCCUGACUGGCAAGAAAAUCCGCCGAUACUGAAUCGCAUCAAGGAUGAAACAUACCGAAAAUGGGUAAAGGAGCUGAAUCGCAUAUGGCCUCAACUUGCCAGAAAAGUUAAACCCGAAGUGGCCGAACAUCCGGAAAGACACAGUCUCAUUUACGCACCGAACGGUUUCAUCGUUCCUGGUGGCCGAUUCAGAGAAUGCUACUACUGGGACAGUUACUGGGCAAUGCGCGGAAUGCUUUUGUGCGGUAUGAACGAUACGGUUCGAGGAAUGCUGGAGAACUUCUUCACUGUGAUAAAAAAAUACGGGUUCAUACCAAAUGGAUUCAGAAGCUACUAUCUCAUGAGAAGUCAGCCACCUAUGUUAGCGCAGAUGGUGGCAAGUUACAUGGAAGUUACCAAUGACAUUGAUUUCCUGAGGGCAAACAUUGCUACGAUAGAACUAGAGUUGGACUAUUGGCUCCAAGAGAUGUUCGUCGAGGUGAAAAAAGGCGGGAAAACUUAUCAAGUGGCCCGAUACACGGUCCACAGCGAUGUCGGACCACGGCCAGAAAGUUAUCGGGAGGACUACAACAACGCACAGAAGCUCGGGAGUGAUCGUUCGGAAAGUUUCUACACGGACAUGAAGGCCGGUGCCCAAAGUGGUUGGGACUUUACAGGUCGUUGGUUCGAUGAGACAGACGGGGUGCUCGGUAAUCUCACUACGAUCAGGACCAGGACGAUCGUACCUGUCGAUCUCAACGCCUUUUUGCAGAGGGAUGCCCAGCUUCUCGCCAAGUUUUACUUAUGGUUGAACGAACCUAAGAAAUCUGAGUACUGGGGCAAGAUGGCCAACCUCAUUCAAGACGGGCUUGACAACGUUCUCUGGAACGAGCAAGAAGAGAUGUGGCUCGAUUACGACAUCGAACAGCAGAGAUCGAGGAAUCGGUACUACGCCUCUAACUUCGCUCCCCUUUAUUGCGGAAGCUACAAUCGUUCGAAGGCCAAGGAUCUCGCCGGGAGCAGCGUUCGACAUCUUGAAAAACACGGCAUCACGCAGUUUAUGGGAGGCAGCCCCGUUUCUAAGGACAACACCGGGGAGCAAUGGGAUUAUCCGAACGCCUGGCCCAACAUGCAAUCGGUGAUAGUGUUCGGCCUUCAAAGAACCGGAUGGGAGCCUGCCACGUCCUUGGCGAAGGUCCUGGCGACCAGAUGGCUCCACUCGAACUACCUUGGAUUCUCCGAGUACGGAGUGCUGUUUGAAAAGUACAGUGCAAUCAACCCAGGAAAGUAUGGAGGCGGGGGUGAAUAUAACGUGCAAACCGGCUUCGGGUGGACACUCGGAGUGAUAAUGGAGUUCAUGGACCAAUGGGGUGAGAGUAUAAGCAGCGAAGAUAGCGCGUCGAAUUCGGACAGUGACGCAGCUGAGAGAUAAGGUCCCUCAGAAUUCAGGCAUUAUACGUAAAUACCUCAGAAGAAAAGUUCACCGAGAGCGCUUUCGUUGAGAAUUAGUCUACAAUGAUUUACUUAAGAAAGACGCUCGGCAAAUAUUAGUCGUUAUACCGUAUACGAUAAGGGUGGUAAAAUAAUCCGGUCCUAAUUGUUUUCCAAUAAUAUAACCGACAAUAUUAAUAUCUACGAAAAGUGCGAUAAAACUGUGGAGAAAAAGGAAAAAAAAAAAAUACCGUGUUGCAAAAAUAGAAAAGCAUAGUGAUUCUUACGGGCAAAGUGCAACUGUUUUAAAACAAAUUUUUGAAACAUGUGUUGAAUAAAUAUUGUAAUGCGAGGAGUGUCAAAUGCGUUCGCCAUCAGGAACUUGCUGAAUGAACGCCGUAACAGUAUUUUUAUGAUAAUAAAGCACGGUACAGAGAAAUACGCUUAAGUGGAUGUAAUAAUUGACAAUACGUUACGUUUGAAUACCGGCAGAUUCCAUUAGUAUAAAUUCCAUAAUAUAAUGCCUAAUUUACCUGCGAAUAGGCCGCGUAUGAUGUACGUAUACCUCGACGUAUACAGAUGUGCUGGAGACAUCAUAAAUACGGUUCAUCUAAUUACAGGUUAUUUAUUUGUAAUAUAAACAUACAAUACAUGCGCAUGUGCAUACGUGUACAUACAGGGUUUUGGCAAUAAACAUACAAAGCAUAAUAUUUAUUCAAGGGUUUCGAUAACGUAUAGUGUUACCUAUCCGCCUGCUGGCCGUUGCUGUAACCCAGUUUAAAAAAAUCCUUCAUCGAUACGUUAAAACGCACUGUAAUAGUUCCUUGGGAAAUCAUCCUCGUGACUGAAAAAAUAAUAUCCCUAAAUUUUUCAAAUUUAAAACUGCGCUGAAUUGGAAAUAUUAAUAUUACAGUAGGUGCAAUUUUAAAUUUGCCAAAGACGAGCUCUAGUGUUAUUGUGCCAAGCUCUGUUCACGUCGAAUAUUGUUCGUGAAGUGUGGUGAAAAAUAAAAUACAUUGACGAUCGCGAGUUUCCUCGCGAAAUAAAAGUAUCGCUCAGCUUUAUGCGUUAUAAUGCGGUAAGAAACCGAGGCAAGCGACGUGCGAAAAUAAAUGUGUCGUGUGUCGUGUAAGCUGUGGAUGUUGGGUAUUCGAAUGGUUCUUACGCUCUCGCCCUCCGCCAGUUGCGAGUAUCGUUGGAUCUAUUAGUUCCGGUCUCCUUCCGGAGAACCAGGCAAUAAAUUGUUGCAAUAUCGAAGAAGAUUGCGGAACAUACACAGCCACCCUGAAAACGAAACGUUUGCGCUAAUGAAACUGAUUACAUACCUUGCCAAAAGUGGCUGUAAAUUCUAAUGUUCACUUAUUUAUUUGUUUUUUUAUUUAUUUUUUUGUAUCGAUUGCGCAGAAAAUUAAGCGGUCACUUUUAAAUAUUAUCUACAAUUUUUUCCACCAAAAUGAAGCGUAUCGUUUAUUUAUGCAUGUUAAAAAAAAAAUUGAAGCUUAAGGGAAACGAGAAGAGAUCUGAUAUUCGAGGGCAAAGUGGGUAAGUGGAAAAAAAUGGGGUCACGUCAUUCUUGAACUGCCUCUGCAGGUCGUACGGCUGACGUGCCUUAUCAAAAGGACAUUUCUCGCUUCGCAGAAAUUGAAAAAUAAACGUCCGAAUUAAUUGCUGUGUAAAUUUUUAUUCCACGGUUCGAUCGAGACAGUUGAACGACUAUGAUGCAAUUCCACUCAAAUAUAAGCGGGCGUCUGAAAAAUGUGGAUAAAAUUGAAGUACUUUUUUGUGUGCGUGCCAGUCGCGAGUGGCAAGUGACAAACUCCGUAGCCUCUAACCACAUCAUGGCCAAAACAGUCCAAACCGUAAACUGACAGAAUCAACUGAGGCCCUAAAACAGAUGGAAAAUGGUAUUUAGUAAGUGCAAUCGAUGUAUUUUGCUAUUUGAAAACGUAAAAAAAAAAAAAAAUUCAAUGUUGAGAACGUCUGAUAUCUUAUCGUGCCACGGGUGAUUAUGCAUUGCUGCGAUAAGAAUAUUGUUACGUCUAGUAUUUAAUCUUUUAAAUUCUACGUAUACUAAUUGUAGUCAAAACAUUUUGAAACUUGGCAAACAUUGUAAAAGGUGGUUGUUCUGUUGUAUUUUUUUUUUUUUUAUUUCUAUUUUCUUAUUUUUAUGGGUUUUCAAGCUAUACCUACAUCCCUGGGGAUUGAUACUCUUGAACGCAAUAUCGAGAGGAAAGUUCCAAACAGCAACCUGGCGAGCGUCGAUGCUUUUUUUACUCAUUUGCGUAAGCCCCUCCUCGAUUCCCUGUGGAGUUGAAAAAUUUUGGUUUACAAUUCUACAUGCGACAUACUGUAUAUUAUUCAAAUCGGCGGAAUUGUUAUUGAGAGGAGAUCGUAGAAAUGAAAAUUAUCGGUGCGAUACACCCCUGUUUUACAUGUACUGUAGAGGAAUCUUUGAGGAUGAUACCCUACGAAAGCCUUUUGUCACGUUUUUCUUCCCAGCGUUUCAAUUGUAGUCACGAAUUCUCACAACCAGCUACCUCAUGAUCCAAUCUCGAGAGCGACAAGAGCACGUGCGCUCAAUCCCCGGUUGUGAAUAUUUUCCCAUUCAAUUUAUGCCGCGGUAUAACCGCGGGUGAAUACUUGGGUUACUCAUAGAGACGAAAUUCUUUCAACGAAAUUUAAUAACCUUAAGUGAUAUCUAUACUUCGAUGUGGUUAUGAGCUGUAUGGGUAAUUCUUUCGAGAGCGGAAGAAAACAAGAGGAAUAUAACAAUAAAAGAACAGUAUACCAAACUCCUUUCCUUUCAUCAAGAUUAUUUGAAACUAUCAAGAUUAAGUGGGUGAAUAAAUUUCUGCAAAAAUCGACCAAGCCGUCCGUAUUAUGUAUGUUAUAACAUGUAGCGUUAUUAAAAGCUUGGAAAGCGAUUAUUUGAAUGACAUGACUAAAGGCAAGCAGGAUCUUGUGCUGUACGCGAAGCCUAACAUUUGAAUAUAAAAUAAAUUUAUCAUCUAGCCCGUAAUUAAUUGGGCACUUAAAUUUUAUGGCUAUAACACCCAGGAAUAAUCAAGAUUCAUUCCGCGGUACGUUCAUCGACAUGUACAUCGAUUAUUGAUGGAAAAAAAAUUCUCCCAACAGAAGUUUAUGAUUAGCGCAAAUCGGAAAUCAGAUCAGUAACUUUUACGUUAUCAGUUUUUAUUAACUUACUUUAUUCUCUUAAAAUAUCUAACAGAAUGUUACCGACUGAUGUGAACACACGAAUCACUUCUUGUUACACGGCAGCUGCAGGUAAAAUGCAAAUCAAGUAUUUGAGGAAUGUAUAAAUUAUCUCCAUCGUUGAAUAACUCGCGUGAUAAUAAAUAAAUGAUUUUGUUGUCGUCACUGGAUUGAGCGCGUAGAAAUUUUCAAAUUAAUAACCGAGCAACGGUAGAUAAUAAUUGAAACUUUUGCCCAGUAUUGGUACAAUUACGAUAGUGGAUAAAACAAAAACCAUUUUUACAAUUUUUCCGUGAGAAAUGGAAUUGUUAGUACUGAGAAAAUUAACCAAGCGGUCGGAAUAUUGAAAUAAAAAAAAAAACACCGAUAAGAAAGUAAACCAAUAAUGUGUGAUAUGUAUACCCUGACGAUGCUCCAGUCCGGUCCAAAGUGGUAUCCAUAUUUGCAAUACACGUUAUCAAUGUCAUAGAAGUUUGCGUACUCGAUCGAUCCUGUCACUGAUAAGAAAAAUUCACCCUCGACUGACAUGGAUAUAAAUUACUUCUCCGUCAGAUCAGAUGAUAUUUUCUCUAUCGACUACCAAAGGUUUGCUUUUACGCGUUCGCGUUACUAUUUGUUGUGAAUUUCGUCAUUCUGCGUUGUCAUGACGAUAUCCGCGCGUUUCGACGAUUAACGGGUAAAACGCCUGAUGAAGUUUGGACAAGCAACUUGCGAUACAUCCGUGGUUCCAAAGAUAAUUGCGCUAGGCGCUUAUAUUCUACACCAAAUGACAAUUCAAGCAUUUCAUUACGAAUUAUCAAAAUUUUGUUAGGUACUCGGUGAUAAUAGCUCUUCACUUUUCCCGGUGAACUGAUUUAUUUCAUAAAUUUAACGAUCGAAUUAAAAGUAAUGUAAGAACCCAGUGAAACUUUUAUUAAAAUGAUUAUUUUUGGAAAUAAACUUGCAGUACUCUACUAAAAUAUACGAUCGGUAUUGAAGUAGCCACAAAAUUAUUCAAUGAAAAAUUUCGACUUCAAACUACUAACGCAUACUAGGUAAAACUUUAUUAACACGGCAAAAACUGUUAAAAAUGACAGCUUUUGCUUUUUAAUCGAUCGAUACAGAGAAUAAUAUAUACAAUAAGUAUUACUGUGUAAAUGAUAUCCUAAGUAACAGUUAUUAAUGUACUAAUGGGCAUUAUUAUUCAGAUUAAAUCACCGACUUGCUUAAUAUACAAUUUUUUUUUUAUACAGAACUGACCCAAGGAGCACUGGUCUUUACGAUUCAUCUUUUAUUCAGUUGGCAAAAUCAGACUUGAAUGAUUGGCAAUGGAUUAUAAAGACGCAGAAUAGCAUCGUUGAAUUGAGACUAAAAAGUAGCUACCGAUUUUAGAUUUGAGUCUAGUCUUGAUUCGAGUUUGAAUAUACACAUCCAUAAUCAAUAAUACGUACAAUAAUUUUGUCAAUUGAAGGGAAGUUUCAUUACUUAUUGUACAUCGUA